GAGCCUUUCACUUUCAUUUCUCUCUUCUGCUUUCAGCGAUGGCGUCUGCUGAUCUGAGACAGGAGCUGGACUGUUCCAUCUGUCUGACCACAUAUACAGAUCCUGUAAACCUGAGAUGUGGCCACAACUUCUGCCGGGUCUGUAUUGAUCGUGUGUUGGAUACACAGGAGGGGUCUGGAGGAUAUUCCUGUCCUGAGUGCAGAGAAGAGUUCCGGGAUCGGCCUGUACUGCACAGGAGCAUAACACUACUCAACAUAGUGGAGACUUUCCGAUCUACUCAGCUGGAAGAAGGAAAGACUGAAAUCUUCUGUACUUACUGCUAUCACUCUCCUGUACCUGCUGUUAUAUCCUGUCUGAUGUGUGAAGCUUCUCUGUGUGAUAAUCACCUGAGAGUCCACAGCAAGUCACCAGAACAUGUCCUAACUGAUCCCACCACUUCCAUGGAGAACAGAAAAUGCUCCAUCCAUAGAGAACUUCUUAAAUAUUACUGCACUGAGGACUCUGUCUGUAUCUGUGUGUCCUGCAGGCUGGAUGGAGAACACCGGGGACACAAGGUGGAGACUCUGGAUGAGGCCUCUGAGAACAAAAAACAAAAACUCAAAAAUGUUCUGCAGAAACUGAUUGCCCACCGAGAGGAGAUUGAUCAAAGAGUCCAGAAUCUUAAGGAACAUAAGGGAAAAGUAAAAGAAAAAUCGGCUGGUAAAAGAGAGAGAGUCACUGCCCUGUUCAUCGAGCUCAGGAGACAUCUGGAGGACCUGAAGAAGAGAGCCCUGAGGAACAUCUCCAGCCAGGAAGAGCGGAUCUCACAUUCAUUGUCUGAUCUGAUCCAUCAGCUGGAAAUAAAGAAGGAGGAUCUGUCCAGGAAGAUGGAGGACAUUGAGGAGCUGUGUAACAUGACUGACCCACUGACUGUCCUACAGGAAUCAGACACAGGGGACUUGUGUGAUACUGAGGAGGGAGAUAAUGAGGACAGAGAGAGACAUGAUAGACUCCUCCAUGAUGGAGGGGAUCUGGAUGUGGCUGGAAUAUCACACAUAUUACACACAGGGUUAUCUGAUAUGAGGAAAGGGGUAUAUGUAUUCUUCAAUAUACAGGAAGCUUCAGACAUAUUACUGGAUGUGAACACAGCUCAUAAGAAUCUACAGAUAUCAGAUGACAUGAAAACUGUAUCCUGGUCAGAUAUAUGGCAGGAUCAUCCAGAAACACCGGAGAGAUUUCAGGAUACACUUAAGGUAUUAAGCAGCAGGGGAUUUUCCUCAGGACGACAUUACUGGGAAGUGGAUGUCUGUAAAUUAGAGUGCUGGAUGGUUGGGAUGUGUUAUCCCAGUAUAGAGAGGAGAGGAGACCAGUCAGGGGUUGGAAAGAAUAAGAAGUCCUGGGGGUUGUACAGGACAAAAAAUCAGUAUUCCAUGAAACAUGACCAUAAAGAGAUCCAGUUGGCUGACAAUCUCUCCAGUAACAGAGUCAGGAUCUAUGUGGAUUAUGAGGCCGGGCAGCUGUCCUUUUACGAUCUGUGUAACCCGAUCAGACACCUCCACACAUUUACCACCACCUUCACUGAGCCCCUCCAUGCUGCAUUAGCUUUAGCGAGCGGUUCUAUAACUAUAUCUGGGGGGGGUCAGGAGAUUUGAGUAUUUAUCAUAUAACAGGAAAUCCACCCAAAAUCUUCUGACAUAGAAAUCUGAAUCUUCAUGAUUUUUAACAAUUGGAAUGAUGUAGUGGGUGCAGCUUCCAUAUUUUAUAAAUCUGAGGUUCCUGAAACAAACAAUCCGAGCACUGGGAAAUCUCAGCACAGGAAAGUGUGAAUUAUACUCUUAUGGUGACAAUGACAAUUGUUAGGGGUUUCAGGGGUUCAUUAAAUGCUAGUGGUCAGGAUAAGACUAGUAGAAAAGAGUUAAAGGGGUUGUAAAGGUUAGUUUUGAAUUUUCUAAAUA